UAAUUGUAAUUUUUCUCAAGGGCAAAAACUCUACAGAUUUUUAAACUAAGGGAAAUUACUAUUCAUAUUUCAAAAUGGCUUCUACCUAUAGAGACGACGACGAAGGUACUGAUAUAUUUCGUGAAGAAUUUAAGCGAUAUAAGCGAAAAGAACCACCUCCCGAUUUUUCAGAGGUAAUUGAUUUUACUAAUGAGCUAAUUACAAAUAAUAACUGUAAUGUCAUUCCUUUGAACCACGCAGAAACAACGAAAACUGAACCACGCCUGUUCGGCUUACGACCGGUGUACGAAUGGAAAGUGUAUUAUUAUAAAACAAAUCCGGGGUUUGUGUUUAUCAGUAAUCCUUUCACGGCUGCUGCUCAGCGUUACUGGACUCAUCGAUGUCUGCAUGACUAUCCUUCCAAACAAAAUGUUACUAAUCUCGAUUUUAUCGAAAAGCAAUGUGGGAUUAAUCGGCCUGACAAUAUCUGGACAGCCAGCGAAAAUUACGAAAGCGGUAAAGCACAAUGUUUUGUCGACAGUCUAUCUUUCGAUAUGAGAUUUCAUAUGAAUAAACUUCGGUGGGUCACACUGGGUUACCAUUAUAACUGGAACGAUAAAACGUAUAGCAAAAACCAGGUGUCUACAUUUCCAUUUGAUCUAGAAAUUUUGGCUAAAUAUAUCGCUUCUGUGGUCGGCUUUAAGGAAUAUAAUCCAGAGGCCGCUAUAGUAAACUAUUACCAUAUGGGAUCUACUCUAGCUGGGCACACUGAUCACUCGGAGUUUGACCAUGACUCACCAAUUAUUUCUUUCAGUUUUGGUCAGGACGCAAUCUUCCUGUUAGGUGGGGUAACUAAAGCAGUAAAACCCGCAGCUUUUCAUCUUCGGUCUGGUGAUAUUUGCAUUAUGGCCGGAGAUUCAAGACUGUGCUAUCAUGCUGUACCCCGGGUGCUUCCAUCAAAACAUUUCGAAACUUCGUGUAAUGCAAGGGUGGCUGACGAGCUCGCGGAAUUAAAUUCAUUUGUAUAUCAAAACACGCCGAACUCGAGAGAAAACUCGGGACUUAGUUUGAUUAACUCUACGGACUGUGAUAAAAUAAACAAAAAGAUAUUGACCACGUUGAAUUCUUUACAUUGGGAGAAUUACGAAAACUUCUUGAAGGAGAGCAGAAUAAAUAUUAGUGUGAGGCAAGUUUUAAAAAUCGGGCAGAGUUUCCCAGAUCAUACAAACAGUGAAGUAAAGUAACAAUAAGUUGUAUGCAGGGAAACAAAAUUGUGUUAUACUUGAUGUGUUUCCAACUGUUUGGAAGUUCGAAACCACUUUGCAGUAACUUAUACACCUGCUCACGCUGUCAGGUGAAAUAACACCAACUUUUUUAUUUAUUGUUUCCCCAAUCUCAAAACACACACUACCAGCGAACAGUGGUCCCGGUGCGCAGUCGCGCAUCCGUGCUAGCUAGUCGUAAGUAGUCGAUCCUACAACGACUUUUUAAUCCUAACCCUAACUCUAAACCAAAUUUUUUAACCCUAACCCUA